AUGUCCUUUUCCAAAGCCAAAUUGAAGCGGUUCAACGAUGUGGAUGUGGUUUGCGGCUCACCAGCUGGCUCCGCUUCCAUUUCGAACUCCAACAGCUCGGCGGGCUCGGCAGGCAGUGCCACGCCCACAGCAGCUACCAUCGUAGCGCCGCCACCCGAGCGCAAGGAGCAGAUCGAAAAGUUUUUCAAGGAUGCGGUGCGUUUUGCCUCCAGCUCGAAGGAGGCCAAAGAGUUUGCCAUACCCAAGGAGGAUAAAAAGUCGAAGGGAUUGCGUCUGUUUCGCACACCAUCGCUGCCGCAACGCUUGCGUUUUCGUCCGGCGUCCAGCCAUACAGCGGAUAGCACAGUCGGCAGUGGCGCCUCAACAGCAGCCUCAACGCCGCUGCACUCGGCCACAACGACGCCCGUGAAGGAGUCCAAGUCGGCGAAUCGGCUCAAGGGGAAAGAGGCACUGCAGCAAGAGAUACGCAACAAGAACGAGAUCAUUGAGAGCUAUCUCAGCCAGCUGGAUGUGGUGCGUCGUCAUGUGGAGCAGCUCAAGGAUGCAGAGCUCAAGAUGCGCGAGGAGCACGAGCAGACAACGGCCAAGACAGAUCAGCUGCUGCAGGCACUCAGCAGCGAGAAUCUGCAGCACAAGGAGCGCAACGAGCAGUUGAACGUGGAGCAGACGCAGCUCCUCGAACGCUAUGCCAGCUUGGAGCAGCAGCUGCAGCAGCAGCGUGAACAGCAUGAGCAGCAAGUGGACCAACUGCUCGCCGAGAAUGAGGCCUACAAGCUGGCCAAUGAGCAGCUGCAGCAGGCCUGCGAGCGGCAGCAAUCAGCGGAGCAGCAGCUACAACAACAACUGGAUGCACUGCAACUGGAGCUGCAGCAGGCACGAGAGCAGUCCGAGCAAAAGGCCUCGCAGCAGGUGGAGCUCCUCGAGAACUUGCAGCUGAAGAAUACGACGUUGCUGACAGAUGUGUUGCAACUGCAGCGGCAGAUCGAACAGGACGCGUUGUCGUAUGCCCAGGAGGCAAAGUUCAGUCAGACGGAGCUGGAAUGCCUGCGUGUGGAGCGUAACACCCUGAAGAAUGACUUGGCCAACAAGUGCACGCUGAUACGAUCGCUGCAGGAUGAGCUGCUCGACAAGAGCUGUGAGAUCGAUGCACAUUGCGAUACGAUUCGUCAGCUGUGCCAGGAGCAGGCGAAGCACACCGAACAACAGCAAGUGCAGCAGCAGGUCGAGAACGAUCUGGAGAGUGCGAUCGAACGAGAGAAAUCAUACUGGCGCACCGAGCUGGACAAGCGCCAGAAGCUGGCCGAGAAUGAGCUUAUCAAGAUCGAGCUGGAGAAACAGGAUGUUAUGGUGCUGCUGGAGACAACCAACGAUAUGCUGCGCCAGCGCGACGAGAAGCUACAGAAAUGCGAAGAGCAGCUGCGCAACGGCAUCGAUUACUACAUACAACUGAGCGAUACUCUGCAACAGCAGCUGGUGCAGCUCAAGCAGGACAUGGCCAAGAUCAUAACUGAGAAAUACAACUAUCAGUUGACUCUAAACAAUACACGCGCCACCGUCAACAUACUGAUGGAACGGCUCAAGAAAUCCGAUGCCGAUGUGGAGCAGUUCAAGGCCGAACUGGAGUCCGUGCAGCUGGCAAAGGGUGCACUGGAGCAGAGCUAUUUGACGCUUCAAUCGGAUGCGGAACAAUUGCGUCAGCAGCUCAACGAAUCCCAGACGGCGCUUGGAACGUUGCGCAGCUCAUCGCAGACCCUGCAGCAGGAGGAGCGCAUCGAUGGCGAUGCCCAGCUGGCCCACUACUGUGACAUGUACAGCGAUCUGAAACGAAAGGACGAGACCCGCGAACUCUACAUGGCCGACAUGAAGAAGGCGCUCGACGAGUUCGCCAAUGUCCUCCAGUUCGCUCAGCUGGAGCUGGACAACAAGGAGCAGCUGUUGCUCAAGGUGCGCGAGGAGUGCGAACAGCUCAAGCUGGAGAAUAUUGCGCUCAAAUCGAAGCAACAGCCAUCGGUGGCACUUCAAACGCCCAGCAAGGCGAACAAACCGAAUACCACUGAUCUGGAGAAGAUUGAGGAUCUGCUCAUCGAUUCCGAACUGCGUGCGGAGUGUGACAAAAUUACGUCCUGGCUGCUCAACUCGUCGGAGAAGAGCGUGCGUCAGGAUAACAAUGCAGAGCUUAGCGAACUGCUCUCUUGCAAAUCCCCCAAAGCCCGCACUCCACGCACCCCUCACAGCCCGCGCACACCGCGCACACCGCGCACCCCCAAAUCUGCGGCCAACACACCCAAGAAAUCGCUGAUCUUUGCCGGCAAGGAGAAUGUGCCCAGUCCGCCGCAAAAGCAGGUGCUCAAGGCGCGAAAUAUGUAGAGCGUCUCGCUAGAGAGUUACACGCGCGAAAUACAAAAUACUAUUGCAUUUUAGGCUAUAUUUUUCCCAACACCUAAUUUAAAUUAUUAUAAACUAGUUAAGAAC